GUAGUUCAGCGCUGCUUCGUGUUUGAGAUGAACGUGACCCGAUUCAGGAAUCGUGUCAAAUAGAAAUACAGAUUUCUUUUUUAUAUUUAACACCUGCUUAUUUUUUCAUAAACAUGGAUUACAGGUAGAAGAAAAAAAUCCGAAGAAUUUCUUCCUAAUCCCUAAUAUCGGGCCACUUCUUGCUUUUUUUUUCUCGAGGAAUCGGUUCAUUCUGGAAACUCCUUCGACAUUAAGAUUUAAAUAGCGCAUGAAAUCCACCGAGAUGUGGAGCAGAAACGAUUUGGAUGAUGGCCUGGAUAUCUAUAAAGCAGGUUCCAGCGCGUCCUCUCCUGGGUGGGUGCCAGGCUGUGAGUCAGCAUGGCACGGCUCGUCCUCCAUCAACAGCAGUAACCGAGCCAGGCGUCACAGCGCCGCCUCCGACAGCGCCGACACAGGCAUAGGAACGUCCUGCUCAGACAGCGUGGAAGACCACUCCAGCUCGAGUGGCACUCUGUCUUUCCAGCCGCUUCGCUCACAGGGCUCCAUCCCCACCGCACAUGUCAUGCCAUCUCCAUCCAUCUCCAAGCUCAGCGUGACCCAAUCGGUGCCCAGCAGCCCAUGGAACAGCAGCCAGCUCUCUUCUACAGUCUGCAGCCCAUUGGACAUGAAGGACCCUCGUCCGGUGCGCCGCUGGUCCUCUCUCACCCGCCUGAGCGGCCAAGAGAAAAGCGGCAGGACGUCGUGUAACCUGGACGCCCACGGCUCACUGGACCGCAGCCUGCUCCGGGCCGACUCGUCUCCGCUUAAGCCUAGCACGCUGGAUCUGAGCUACAGCGCCUUACCUGAGAGCAGAGCCUCCCUCGUCACGCCCAGGGGGCACUCACUGGGGCACCAGGCCGUCGGGGGGUCACCCAUCCAGCCCAGCGUAAGGACUCAGAUGUGGCUGAGCGAACAGAUGGAGUUCAGACCCGAGGGUGUAAACACGUGGCUGAGCGAGCAGCAGCAACGAGACCGGAUGAGGCAGGAAACUGAGCUUUCGCAGAUGCUGGGUGGAGCUCCGCUGCCCGUGAACACGCUGGUGAAGAUAAAGGAAGGGCUGCUGAGACAGCGGGAGCUGGAGAUCGACAGGCAAAAGCAACAGAUCUUGCAGCUCCACGCCAGAAUCAGGGAAAACGAGUUGAGGGCACAGCAUGUCCUCCAGAGCCAGAGAGGGCGCUGUGAAGACUCAUACGUGCUUAAAUCAAAGGAGAGCCCGAUGGACAGCCCUGCGUCGUCUCUACACAGUCCUCAGCCUCCACUGUGCUGUGAGAACGGAGAGCUGGCGCGCAGACUGGCCUCGUCCGAGCUCGAUGUCAUCCAUCUCAAAGAUUUCCUCAAGCAGAACACACAGAAAUACACAGAGGACAUCAAGAAGCUGGAGGAGAAGAUGAAGACACGCGAUCGCUACAUCAGCAGUCUGAAGAAGAAAUGUCAGCGAGAGCAGGAGCAGAAUCAGGAAAAGCAGCAACGCAUCGAGACUCUGGAGAAAUACCUGGCAGAUCUGCCCUCACUGGAUGAGGUGCACACACAGGCCCAGCAGCUGGAGGAGGUGCAGGUGAAAACGCAGACGCUGCAGGACACAGUGGCGCAGCUGGAGAGGAGCUUAGAGGAGAGCCUAACUCGACUGCAGGAGAAAGACACAAUCAUCGAGAGACAGGCCAAGAGGGAGAAGGAGCUGAUGGCUGCCGUGCAGAGUUUGCAGGAGAAGGUGGAGAAAUGUCUGGAGGACGGCGUGCGGUUGCCCAUGUUGGACAUGAAGCAGCUGGAGAAGGAGAACACGCGUCUCCUGGAACAGCAGUCUCACAACAGCACGCUGAUCGACAGCCAGAAGCAGCAGAUCGACAGACUCACGCUGGAGUUAACGGCACUGGAGAAGAGGCUGCAGAAGGAAAGAGCCAUCACCCAGGAGCUCCAUAAGCAGCUCAUAGAGAGAGAAGAAGACCUGAAGAUGCUGUCUAAGAGUGUUCAGCAGAAGCAGCAGCAUGUGGAUAACAACACCGGGCUCCCGGAAGCAGGCUCUCUGCUAAAGGAAAUGUCUUUGUGUCUUCUGGACCUGAAGGCUCUGUGCAACAUUCUCACCCAGAGAGCACAAGGCAAAGAACCCAACCUGGCACUGCUGCUGGGCAUCAAAUCGAUGAGCUGCUCGUCCGAGGAGAGCGAGACACCACCGGUGGAGGACGGACUGCAGGCCAAGCUGCUGGAGGUGCGUCAGCUGAGGGAGGACAUUGACGAGCUGCGCACCAUCAUCUCCGACCGCUACGCACAGGACAUGGGGGAGAACUGCGUGACGCAGUGAGCGUCACCCAGGAGGCCGAGCUGCUUCUCACCGACGAAAAGGGAAAGGAGUAUAAAAUCCGUCUGACUACUGAACGAUGGACCAAGCUGUGAAUUGUGUUUACGCCGUUUUUGUGUUCAUCUCUACGUCCAAGAUCUUUCUAUUGCGUAUUUAUUGGGACUAGAAAAAGACCAUCAGUCGUUACGCUACCGUAUUUUCCGGACUACGAGUCACAUCGCUCUAAAGUCGGAUCAGCUUGUACAUCGCUAUGUAUUGCUAAAAGACGUAACGUAGCCAAUGUCGGCAUUUACAUUUACAGCAUUUUACAGACGCCCUUAUCCAGAGCAACAUACAUGACAAUUUGGUGGUCACCAUGACAUCACGGAAUCGCACCACAAGUCGACUGCAUUGAAUUUAAGUAAGCGUGCAAAUUUAACGCCAACGCACAAAAAUCUUGUAAUCCAGAAAAUACGGAAACGGAAGGAGGCAGUGAUGAGCUCACACUGCUGGUGUGCAGAAACGGCAGGAAUGCAAAGGGAGCUACAGCACGCGCGCGCACACAGUGUGGAAAAGUGUGUGAAGUGGUUCAUGCUGCUCCAUCAAGUGCCUUGUGAUGUUCCAGCUCGUUCGCGGAUUGUUUUAUGUCUCCAAAGUCCAGACUGUGACAGAUCCUCAGUCUCACCCCAAAACUUUCAUCUCCUCCAUCGUGUGCUGCUGGUCGCAGGUCGACACUGAAGCAGAUUGCGCUCAUUUACACACACACACACGUCUUCCAUGUAGCACCUUGUAUUUUAGUGUGAUGAACCAUUGUGUUUGUGGUAAUUUUUUUAUUUUCCCCUUCUACUUGGACCCCAUGUUAACGAUAAAACAAUCCAGGCUCACUCGAAGAAAGACAGGAUUGCAUGACAAAUGAACCCAUUUUCCUCCUACAGUAGAUUCCCUACAGCAGUAUAAAGAUCAGGAGCUGUGUAGAAACUGCUGACGUUACCGUUUGGGGGUGGGGUGGGGUGACGCACAUGAGAUUUUAGACUCAAGAGAGUUGUGUUACAAUUUAAACUUCUGUAUAAACAACAAUGCAAAAAAAAAAACCUUCUCAGGUAUAUAAACAGUGUUAAGACGCCAUCAGUAAGUUGAAACCGCUUCACUCUCCCAUUUCAAAAAGGGAUUAGAACUGUACCGAAGCAGUCGCAUCUUAGAUGGGAUGGUUUCCUGUUGUCCUUCGUUUUUGACCGUACAUACAUACACAUAUAUAUAUGGAGAGAGAGAGAUAGGACUAUUUCUUACUCUCUAACAUAAUAAAGGAGGAAACGAUGCUCGGUCAUGACAACCUGCACAUAAACUAAUGUUUUCCCCUAUAUUUAUUUAUAACUUGUUUCUGCUAAUGUAUCCAGCUAGUAAUAUUAGCUUUGUUUUGUUUGUUUUCAUGUUGUAAGGGUUUAGGUGAAGAGCUGGUGUGUGUGUGUGUGGGGCUCCAGAUGGAGUUUGUACAGGAACAGAAGGUCUCUGAAGCUGGUUGGACAUAUAAAAUGCUAUGCAACUUCAUAUUUACCAGCAUAGAAUUCAGCAGACAUUGCUUUCCUGUGCCUUUAUAAAUCUAUGCAGCAGAGGUAGGGUGUGUGUGUGUGUGUGUGUGUGUGUGGCAUGAUGAGUGAAGCCAUAGACACAAACAAUGCAGAUUUAUACUCAGGCUAAUCAAUGAAGAACCUGAUGAGGAUUGUGUGCGCUGCAUGUGAGCUAGGUGUGUGUGCAGAUGGGGAGAAACGUAGACGUGCGUGGUUGUCAUGGCCGAUCGCGCUCACACUGUGCUAGAGGCCGCUGGUUGGCUUUACUGCUCCACAUCCACUCUCUUCGCUCUAAACAGGCUUUAAGCUUUUAGUUUUUCAGCUCGACUUUCCUCAUGCCAAAGCUCUAUUUAUGUACGUUUACAGAAAGUAUUGACUCGUAUUUUUUCAGGUAAAACAAAACAAAAAAAAAGGACAAAAAUUUGCUUUCCAUUUGUACAGAGAAUAAAUAAAAUAUUUUUCUAUUAA